CACACACACACCACUAUUUAAGCGAAAGAAGGAGGUAGAGAAGAAGAGGAGGAGCAACAAAGAUCACAAACCCUAAUUCCUAAAGCUUGGUUUGGAGGAUCCUUGAGAACAACAAAUAUGACUUCCAUAGAGCAACAACUUAAUCUUGUGGUGGUCGCACAACCAAUUAAUGCUAUUAAGGAUGCUGAUAUCCUCGAAAGACUUUGGAAUGACUUCGAAGACCAACUAAGGAAAGCCAAGACGAUAGCAUCAGAACAUCUCCGACUUGGUGGAGAUUCAUCAGUUGCGCCAAUAUUCCCUAUGCCAGAGACAAACGCAUCAGAUAACGCUGAUGAAACCUCUAGAAAAACUCUACGCAAAAGGGGAAGAAAGACAACUUCCAAGGUUCUCUUCCAAGUGCCUUUUUCUUUUCAACCUCCUGAAUUUUGUUUGAAGGAAAACAUCAACCUGGAGAUAGUAUUAUUAAAUCGAUUCAAGAAUGAAUCAAGUUGGGGGAACCACGUUCCCAAAUUUUCUGUAGAAGAAAGAUUAAAAAAUUGGGUCAUCGAAAAAAGGAAACGCAUGCAAAGCAAGGACAAAGAAAAACCUGAGGCUAAAAUGCAAGAUUAUUACUAUAUUCAUUCAGCAUCGCAGAAGACAUUACGGUCUCAUAAUGAGGUCCUUGAGUUUUUGCUCGACGUAGAAAUUCCUCGAAAAGGUGGUAGCAAGAAAGCAAAGGUUGUCGGGGCUGUAGAUAAUCAGGUCUCAGGUUCGGCAUCCCAUGAAUCAAGCAGAAGGAAAGAAAUGUCAUUCACUUCCCAAAUAGUGAAUAAGAUGAAUAGUAGUAAUGAAGAAGAGCAUAAGGGAGGGAUGGAGAGUAUGUAUAAGAUGAAGAGUAGUGAUGAAAAAGGGAGUAAUGAAUUGGAUAAUAAGGUGAUGAGUGAUGAAUUGAAGAAUAAGAUGAAAGAUUUAGAGAAGGAGAUUAUGCCGUGGGAUGAUGAUGAAAUGGGGCUAUAUAAGAUGGUUGACAUUAAUGAAAUUGAAAAUGAACUGAUGAUUCAAGAACUGUUGAACCAACCGGGAGAAUUGUUGUUUAAUUUGUGAUAUCAUUGAUGCCCCAAGCAUGUGUGUAAUUUUUAACAUUGUAUGUGUGUUUGCACGCAUGUGCAUGCUGUUGAGAGAGAAAAAGAGAGGUUAGUCAUAUCUAGAGUUGUACCAUGUCUUGUAU